CACAGGGAUGCACGUCCACCUAAGGUCACCUGUCAACGCGCGUUACCCAACUGUGUACCAGUGUUUUGUGUUUUGGAGAGCUUUGGUUGAAGACGAAAGACCCAUCAAUAUGGCUAAAGCUGAACAAGUUGAUGCGAUGGAGGGUGUUGAGAAAGACGCACCGCUCGUUACAUCACCAUCCCCAUUAUUCACGGAGCAAGAGCAAAGAGUGCUGGACCUUUAUGACCGCAUGGAAGAGUUGCAGCUGGAGAUAGCUCUCCUGAAGUCACAAGGAACUUUGUCACAAGGUACUUUCACAAUCAUGGUCUUCCACUUCCUUAUCGUCUCAAGUCGCGCGUUCUGAUUUUUUAUCGUUAGGUUCCGAUGAGCCAGAUGAGGUCUCUGAGGAAGACAUCAAGUCCGCCCAGCAAGAACUUCUCAAUGCAAAAACCGCAUACCAGCUACGGAAUAACAUUGUAGAGAGUGUUCUGAUAGCGAAUCCUAUUCUGAAAGCAGUUCAUUCUGGCAGUAAUGCAACAAUAGCUGAACAGUACACAGUUCACAUUCAGUAGUAACUUAUUUCCACUGCUGACAGGCCGUAGGGAUCUCCUUCCUCUUCUUGAACAGCGUGAUCAGUUAUCAGUAGCCCUAACAGCCUUGACAGCGAAAGUCCUAUCUUCAAAGAAUGAGCUGUUGAAGGUUGAGACAGAGCAUAUUCGAACUGCACGGGAAAAUGUUGAGCUGACGGGGAAAAUGGUUGCAUUAGCUAAAGAUGCCAAUACUCACAAGAGAGAUGAUAUCCCUCGAAAGGCACAAGCACAGUUGAAUGAGUUAGAUGCCCAGGUCAAGUCUAGUCGACAAAAAUGGAGGAUCAUGAAAGGCACUGCGAGUGGGACAAUUGUCGGAAGUGGCAUUGACUGGGCUCGAGACCCCGACUUACUGGAGAUCGUCUUGGAUGAUGAUGGUGCUGAUGGUUAG